GCCGCGUAUAAAUAAAGCGUUGGACUAAAACCCUAAUUAGCAUCGUCUCUGGCACAAGCACUCGCUCGGCGCCUAUUACAGGAGGGAAGAGGCGAGCUAUUCGAGAGCUUGUUGUGUUCAGAGUCAUGGCAGACACCAAGGCAGUAACUAUUCGCACUAGGAAGUUCAUGACCAACAGACUUCUAUCGAGGAAGCAGUUCAUCAUUGACGUGCUGCAUCCAGGAAGACCGAACGUCUCGAAGGCCGAGCUAAAGGAGAAAUUGGCAAGAAUGUACGAGGUAAAAGAUCCAAAUGCCAUCUUCGUAUUCAAGUUCAGGACUCACUUUGGAGGUGGGAAAUCCACUGGUUUUGGGCUUAUUUAUGAUUCUGUUGAGAGUGCGAAGAAGUAUGAACCGAAGUACAGGCUUAUCAGGAAUGGCCUAGCUACCAAGACGGAGAAGUCGAGGAAGCAGGUCAAGGAAAGAAAGAACAGAGCCAAGAAGAUCCGUGGAGUGAAGAAGACCAAGGCUGGAGAUGCUGCUAAAGCAGGAAAGAAGAAAUGAGUUUUAUGGGAUUUUCUGGCGCCGAUGUUCUUUGUUGUCCUUGUUUUCUAUUCUUUUCCUUGUUGAUGAAAUAGUGAAGAUUUUCGCUGGCUUUAGAAUUCAAUUUUAAGGUCUGGAUCAAAUUUUGGUUGGAUAGAGAGCAUUAGAGUAUCAAGUUAAAAUGUCUAACAAUGUUUUUGUGCUUGCAUCGAUGAGUCUUGAUAGUUUAACGUUUUACUUUUUAGAA